AUGCACACCUUGGUUGAAACUGCUCGUUCAAUGAUUUCAGGACCUGAAAAUGAAGACAUUGAGAAAGAUUUCACACCAUAUAUUUGCAUAACUAUAAGUAUUCUAAGUAAGUACCAAUCACGGGCAAGUCUGGAUUUAUGGAAUGCUUUAAAACGUGUCUUGCGUUACAUUAAGGGAACCCUAAAACUGAGUCUGUUAUAUGCUAGGAAUGAAAAGUGUACUGAUCCUAUAACUGGUUCUGUGGACUCUGAUUGUUCUGGUGACAGAGUAUACAGAAAGUCCACAAGGGGCUAUCUUUUCAAAGUCCAGGAUUGUAGUGUUUCAUGGGCAUCUAAAAAGCAAAGGACAGUGUCUCUGUCAUCAACACAAUCUGAAUUUGUGGCCUUAAACUUGGCAACUAGUAAAGCCUUUUGGCUCAAUAAUUUGUAA